UAUAAACAUUGGGGUGCAUGUGCCCCUUCAAAACAGUAUACCUGUAUCCCUUGGAUAAAUGCCUGUUGGUACAAUUGCUGGAUCAUAGGGUAGUUCUAUUUUUAAUUUUUUGAGGAACCUCCAUACUGUUUUCCAGAGUGGCUGCACCAGCUUGCAUUCCCACCAACAAUGCAAAAGAGAUCCUCUUUCUCCACAUCCUCGCCGUCUGUUGUUGCCUGAGUUGUUAAUAUUACCCAUCCUGACAGGUGUGAGGUGAUAUCUCAUUGUGGUUUUGAUUUGUAUUGCCCUGAUGAGGAAUGACAUUGAGCAUCUUUUCAUGUGCCUGUUGGCCAUCUGGAUGGCUUCUUUAGAGAAGUGUCUAUUCAUGUCUUUUGACCAUUUCUUCACUGGAUUAUAUGUUUUUUGGGUAUUGAGUUUGAUAAGUUCUUUAUAGAUUUUGGAUACUAAGCCUUUGUCUGGUGUGUCAUUUGCAAGUACCUUCUCCCAUUCUGUUGGUUGCCUUUUAGUUUUGCUGAUUGUUUCUGAAGGGAAUUUUUAAGAAUAAAAACAAUCAUCAAUUAUCUCACUAUCCUAAUGGCUGUUUUCACUUUUCUGCCUUGAAAAGUAGUCUUGACAUAGAAUCCUUGACUAUUUGCAUAGAGUUUAUGUAGUUCAUGCUGUAGCAUUAACUAUUUUGUAUUUAGCAUUUAAGCUAAUAAUGCUUUAUAUUUCUUUUUGAUUCUUUUCAGAAUUAAAAUUUUAUAGUUGAAUACAUUUGGUCAAAAAAAUUUUAUAGACCACCUUAUAGUAAACAUGAAUUACAUUGCUUUUUUUUUUCCCCUUUGGAACUGUAUUCUGAGGGAAAAAAGUUGAGGAAUAUGGUUACCGAAGAAUGGUAGUGAUUUUGAAAGCAGCAGCCAACUUUAAUUGAGCACUUAUGUGUGAGACACUGUUCUGGUGCUUUAGGCCUGUUCAGCAAUCCCCACCUCUUAUGCUACAAUCUGUGAGAUACCAGUGCUGUGGGGAUCUGUGUUUUACAGACAGAAAGGCUAUAAUGAUCCCUUUAAACUUGGGGCCUGGUUUCUUUUUGGAGUUUUUAGUGGAUUUAGAUACUCAUUUUCUCCUUAGGGUUGUUGUAGAAUUGAAGCUCUUAUGCAGUGUGGAGACAUACCACAUCUGGAUCUAAGAUGAGAAACUGUACUCCAGAAUAGGUUCAUGUUUCCCCAGCUCCCUGCAGAAAUGCAAAGGAAUGUGGUGGUAGGCACAAAGGUAGGUUAGAAUUCUCAGUGAGAAUGCACGUGUUCCAAAGCUCUGCCUUCUAGUAGCUUUGGUUAACUCUUCUGCUUUCUUCUUCAUGAAACAGGGUAAUCACAUCUCUUUCCCAGGGCUGUGGUGAAGAUUAUAUGAUCAUGUAUACAAAGUUGGCUCACAGUUGUUCCCUGUACAUGGCCUAUAUGUUUCAAAUUCAUCUCCCAUUCUCUCCAGCAUCUAGUCCAGUGCUGUGUUUAUAGAAUAAAUGACCCAUGGUGGAGCUCGAUUGAAAACUGUUCUAUUUUGGGCUGUGGACCUGGCAUUGACCUCCUGGAAUUGGACUUUAAAGCUGCUGCUGAAGGAAAAGGCAAAAGUGGGGAAGACUUUUUUCAGAAGAUCAUGGAGGAAACAAAUACGCAGAUUGCUUGGCCAUCAAAACUGAAGAUUGGAGCCAAAUCCAAGAAAGAUCCCCAUAUUAAGGUUUCUGGAAAGAAAGAAGAUGUUAAGGAGGCCAAGGAAAUGAUCAUGUCUGUCUUAGACACAAAAAGCAAUCGAGUCACUUUGAAGAUGGAUGUUUCACAUACAGAACAUUCUCAUGUAAUCGGCAAAGGUGGCAACAAUAUUAAAAAAGUGAUGGAAGAAACAGGAUGCCACAUCCACUUUCCAGAUUCCAACAGGAAUAAUCAAGCAGAAAAAAGCAACCAGGUAUCUAUAGCAGGACAACCAGCAGGAGUAGAAUCUGCCCGAGUUAGAAUUCGGGAGCUGCUUCCUUUGGUGCUGAUGUUUGAGUUACCAAUCGCUGGGAUUCUUCAGCCAGUUCCUGAUCCUAACUCCCCCUCGAUUCAGCACAUAUCACAAACAUACAACAUUUCAGUGUCAUUUAAACAGCGUUCCCGAAUGUAUGGUGCUACUGUGAUAGUACGAGGGUCUCAGAAUAACACCAGCGCUGUGAAGGAAGGAACCGCCAUGCUGUUGGAACAUCUCGCUGGGAGCUUGGCAUCAGCUAUUCCUGUGAGCACACAACUAGAUAUUGCAGCUCAACAUCAUCUCUUUAUGAUGGGUCGAAAUGGAAGCAACAUCAAACAUAUCAUGCAAAGAACAGGUGCUCAGAUCCACUUUCCUGACCCCAGUAACCCACAAAAGAAAUCCACCGUCUACCUCCAGGGCACCAUUGAGUCUGUCUGUCUUGCAAGGCAAUAUCUCAUGGGUUGUCUUCCUCUUGUGUUGAUGUUUGAUAUGAAGGAAGAAAUUGAAGUGGACCCACAGUUCACUGCCCAGCUGAUGGAACAGCUUGAUGUCUUCAUCAGCAUUAAACCAAAGCCGAAACAGCCAAGCAAGUCUGUGAUUGUGAAAAGUGUUGAGCGAAAUGCCUUAAAUAUGUAUGAAGCAAGGAAAUGUCUCCUCGGACUUGAAAGCAGUGGGGUUACCAUAGCAACCAGUCCAUCCCCAGCAUCGUGCCCUGCCGGCCUGGCAUGUCCCAGCCUGGACAUCUUAGCUUCAGCAGGCCUUGGACUCACUGGACUAGGUCUUUUGGGGCCUACCACCUUAUCUCUAAACACAUCAACAACCCCAAACUCACUCUUGAACGCUCUUAAUAGCUCAGUCAGUCCUUUGCAAAGUCCAAGUUCUGGCACCCCGAGUCCCACAUUAUGGGCACCGCCACUUGCUAACACUUCAAGUGCCACAGGUUUUUCUGCUAUACCACAUCUUAUGAUUCCAUCUACUGCCCAAGCCACAUUAACCAAUAUUUUGUUGUCUGGAGUGCCCACCUAUGGGCACACAGCUCCAUCUCCCCCUCCUGGCUUGACUCCUGUUGAUGUCCAUAUCAACAGUAUGCAGACAGAAGGAAAAAAAAUCUCUGCUUCUUUAAAUGGACAUGCACAGUCUCCAAAUAUAAAAUAUGGUGCAAUAUCCACCUCAUCACUUGGAGAAAAAGUACUGAGUGGGAAUCACAGUGAUCCAUCUAGACAAACAACUGGACCUGAGCAGGCAUCUCCCAAAUCAAACCCUGCAGAAGGUUGUAACGAUGCUUUUGUUGAAGUAGGCAUGCCUCGAAGUCCUUCCCAUUCUGGGAAUGCAGGUGACCUGAAACAGAUGAUGGGUCCCUCCAAAGUUUCCUGUGCCAAAAGGCAGACAGUAGAACUAUUACAGGGCACGAAAAACUCACACUUACACAGUACUGACAGACUGCUCUCAGAUCCUGAACUAAGUGCUGCAGAAAGCCCUUUGGCUGACAAAAAGGCUCCUGGAAGUGAGCGUGCUGCUGAGAGGGCUGCAGCUGCCCAGCAGAACUCUGAAAGGACUUGCCUGGCCCCAAGGCCAUCAUAUGUCAACAUGCAGGCAUUUGACUAUGAACAAAAGAAACUAUUAGCAACUAAAGCUAUGUUAAAGAAACCAGUGGUGACGGAGGUCAGAACACCCACAAAUACCUGGAGUGGCCUUGGGUUUUCUAAAUCCAUGCCAGCUGAAACUAUAAAGGAGCUGAGAAGGGCCAACCAUGUGUCCUAUAAGCCCACAAUGACAACCACUUUUGAGGGUUCGUCAGUGUCCCUCUCGAGGUCCAACAGUCGUGAACACUUGGGAAGUGGAGGUGAAUCUGAUAACUGGAGAGACCGAAAUGGAAUAGGACCCACAAGUCCUAGUGAAUUUGCCGCUUCUAUUGGCAGCCCCAAACGUAAACAGAACAAAUCAACGGAGCACUAUCUCAGCAGUAGCAAUUAUAUGGACUGCAUUUCUUCACUGACAGGAAGCAAUGGCUGUAACUUGAACAGCUCUUUCAAAGGCUCUGACCUCCCUGAGCUCUUUAGCAAACUGGGCCUGGGCAAAUACACAGAUGUCUUCCAGCAACAAGAGAUCGAUCUACAGACAUUCCUCACUCUCACAGAUCAGGAUCUGAAGGAGCUGGGAAUUACGACUUUUGGUGCCAGGAGGAAAAUGCUGCUUGCAAUCUCAGAACUGAAUAAAAAUCGAAGAAAGCUUUUUGAACCACCAACUGCAUGCACCUCUUUCCUGGAAGGCGGAGCAAGUGGGAGGCUACCCCGUCAGUAUCACUCAGAUGUUGCUAGUGUCAGUGGCCGCUGGUAGCAGUACGGUACCUCCAGGUACACACCGCCACCUCUGUCGAGUUGGACACAGGAGAUCUGUGAACUGCCUUCACUGCACACCGUCCUCAGUACUCUGGGUGUCUGGUAUCAGGACCAAAGCAUCUUAUUCACACCUGAACUUUGUGCCAAAAAGGAAGAAAAGAGAGGAGAUGAUCUUAUGGCAUCAUACAGACUGCCACACUUGGAUGCCUUUUUUUUUAAUGGCAAUUGGACAGAAUUUGCAAUUUGAGGGUAGGGCUUUAUUUCCUAUUUUUAUUUACCUAAAUAACAUAUGCACUGAUUUUUUACUUAAAAUGAAGGAUUAAUUGACAUCUGGAAUACCAGAAAACAUAGAGGUUCUUUUGUUUGCUUGUUUUGUUUAGGCAUUUGGGGAUUUUAAAAAAUAAUCAAAAUGGAAUUUUCUGGUACUGCUUUAAAAUAAUUAUUGAGGUCUUUCAGCACUUUACACUUUCUAAUUUCUUGUCCUGUGGAAAUUAUCCCUCUUUCUCUCAUUUUCAUGUCACCUGAUGUAUUGGUACAAAUCAGAUUUAGUCAUAUUUUUCUGACUGUAAAAUUUUUAUUUGAAAUGGUACUGGAUUAUUAGUUUUAUGCUGAGUAUUCUGUGACUUUGGGAAAUGCAAGUGACUCCACUUGGUUCUGGACCAGUUCUGUUCAUUGAUGUCAGCAUCCUAGAAACAAUUAGCAAUGAACCUAUUUCACAUAACAGGUGCAAAGAAAGACCAAGUGAACUUUGCAAUAUUAACCCUUUGCAGUCAUCAUAUUUAGCUGCUGCCUGUAUUGCUAAAAUGAUUUUAAUGGUUGUCUGAAGGCAAAGGGCUAUUCUUUAGUAUACUGCCACUAAAGGACACUUAUUUAUAUCAAACUUUUAUUUUUAGAUGUUAUAAGCAUACAGUACAUAACUGAUUAAAUUGAUAUCUACUAGAGAUUUAUGGUAGAGAAUGGACGGCAUUCAAUAACUGGAGCCCUAGAUUGUCACUUUAUUUAAAAAAGACAAAUAAUCAUCUGACAAGACAGCACUGUUGCCAUUAAGAGGAGAAAUAAAUUGCUAUCCUUAUCAUGUACAUAUUAGCUGUGCUCCAUAUGGUCCCAGGACUUUCUAAAAUCAUAUCUGUCUGCUUGAAGUAGACUUGUGUUUGUUGAGAACAGAAAGGCUUUAUUUAAGUUUCCAGGGUGACAGUUUAUAAAAACAGCUGAGUUCCAAAGGAAAGCAAAAAGUAAAAAAAAAAAAAAAAAAAAAAAAAAAAAAAAGACUGUUUUCUAAGUGGCUAGACUCAUUGUUACUAUCUUAUACUGUGAAAGUCCAAGAAAUCAGGCAACAUUGUUUCUUAGGUCUUUUCAGACAUCUUAUUGUAGAUGAAUGAAAGGUUUUCAAUCCAUGAAGAAAAUCGCCAAGUGCCUCUCCUUUCUUCAAAGCAAUAUUAUUUCCAAGUGUAUUAAUUUGUUGGAAAAUUUUCCCAUAGGAAAUGUUGUGAAUUACCUGUACUGUAAUGACUUAUUUAUGUUCAGUAUUCAAGACUUUCUCCAUGGACAUAAACCACUGUCGUAUAUUCUCAGCAGAAGGCAUUACAUAAGCGUACAUAAUUGACGACUUUCAUACAAAUGUGGGAUCAGACAGAUUCACCAGACAUUUUUCCAUGACUGAGUCUUACCAUUAAAGUAAGAAAAAGAGUUGAGGAGAAGUUUUGCACACAGAAAAAUUUUCACCUUAAAAAAUAAUAUUGGUAACCUAGAAGGUAUAGAUAAUGGGCCUGUCAUAAAAUUAUGUCAGUUACAUUACCAAGGGGAUGCCCAUUUCUAAACUAAAUCUUACGUGCUUAAGUAUAAGAACUAAGUUGCUCCUUUUGCAAGUACAACAGAAUCACCCUGUGCAACAUGUCGCUCCCUGCCUUACAUGGCUAUAUGAACACAUCAUGCCACACAUUCAGCACAGGGUAGGAAUUCAGACUUGUUUCCUAUUGAACAACUCAGUGCCUUAAAUUUUACUUAAUAAGAGCUUCCAAAAAAAAAACCUAAUGAUUUAGAGCUCUUUCCCAAGCUCUCUAUCAUGCAGUUGCAACAGAGGAAGAUGGAAUGAAUUUGCAGUAUUAAGUCAAUACAGGUUUUAUGAACAGUGCUUUGAUGCUAUGCCAAAGAGAAAACUGUCCCAAUUAAACUAGAUUAAAUAGGGUGGAUAAAAAUAAACAAAAACACUGGAAAUUACUUUUCUCACUUUCUCUUGAUGCAAUGAAGGGAAUAUGACACUACAGUCUAUGGUGUUGUUAGUGUUAUAUGAUGCACAAAAUAUUUGGAUUAUUUGAAUAAAUGUUAGUUUUUAAUCAAUCUGUGCCUUAAUAGUGACCGGUUAUCUGUAAAUAGAGAACAGAUACAGAUUGUAUUUUUGUGUGGGUUUUUGUCCUUUUAGUGAUUUUUUUUAAUGACAGAUGGAAUUAAGCAUUGAAAAUGGGAAUUUUUUCUAAAGUAAUCAAUUGUUAUAUGAAAAAUAAAUUUAUAUAACCCCUUUGUAUUGCC